UAGUUUAGGGACAAUAUUUGACAUUAACUCUGAAAAAACCGGAUAUUUUUUAAAACUUUGCCACAUUCCAACCUCAUGACCAUAAAUUUUUGCAAAAAUAAUAUUAUCCUUAUCAAACUUCACACCCAGCAUGUUCCUCGUAACAAACUGAUCAUAUCUUUAAUAAUUGUUGUUGUAAACCUCGCAAAUAAAGGUUUUCUUACAAGCGGUGGUAACACAAUUCAACAACUACCAUACCACCCAAAAAUAAUCACAAAACACGUCAUUUAACUCGGUUUACUUCUAUUUUAUUUUUAUUUAAAAAAAAAAAAAAAGAAAAGAUAAAAAUAAAAAUAAAUUAAAUAUAAGUCGGUUUACUUCUUUCGCUCGACCAUCCUCAUCACAGUAUCUCCCCUGAUCCUAUAAAACUGUAUACAACAACACAAUAACCCCUCAAAAUUUCACAAUAAAAUCAAAUAAACUACUCAAAUUUACAACAAAAGAAAAAAACAAUGGAGUUUCGAACCUUAGAUUUAACCGUUCUUUCAGCAAACGAUCUGAAUCGAGUGAACUUGUUCUCAAAAAUGGACGUAUACGUCGUAGUUUCCGUCAUCAACUCCGCUGUCAACCGUCGUUCAACCGCCCUCAAACAACGAACACCAAUCGACAAGAAAGGGGACAAGAAUCCAUCAUGGAAUUACCCGAUUAAUUUCACAAUAAACGAUGCUGCUGCGAUGCAUAACCGCCUCACUAUCCGGUUCCAAGUUUUCUCCAAACGCAUAUUUCCAGGCGAUAAGCUGAUCGGUGAAGUACUCGUGCCAGUUUCGGAGCUUUUAUCAAGUCAUGGUGACCGAAAACAAGCGAGUUCUUUGAGUUAUCAAUUGAGGAAGGUGUCUGGAAAACCGAAAGGUGUGUUGAAUUUUUCGUAUAAGUUUGGUGAGAAGUUUACUGCUGGUGGUGGAGUUGGAGAAGGUUUUACGGUUGGCGGGACGGGGCCAACUACGUAUUACUCGUACCCGCCACCGCAGCAGCAGCCAAUGUGGGGACAACCUGUGUCGGGGUAUCCUGCACAACCGCCUACGGCGUAUCCGUAUCAAGGACAUGGACACGGGUACGGGUAUGGACACGGAUAUCCGUCGCAAACGCAAUCGAUGGGUAUAAGGAGGAAUAAUAAUUUUGGGAUGGGUAUGGGUGCUGGGUUGUUGGGUGGUGCUUUGGCUGGGAUGGUGAUUGGUGAUUUGGUUUCUGAUGGUGGGUAUGAUGGCGGUUUUGAUGGUGGGUAUGAUGGCGGUUUCGACGGUGGUUUCGAUUUUUAGUACGGACCUUAAUUGUUGAAACACUAUGUAUGGUUUUAGAUGAAUUUUAUAAUUUUAUGGAUAAUGGAAUAUUUGUUUCCCAUACUCAAUAUGUAUAUAAUAAAACUUAAAGCUAUAAAGCCAUUAAUGCAAUAUUUUUUUAUUUUUUAUUUUUAUUAGAAGCCAUUAAAGUGUAUUUUAUGAAUCAAUGUCUUUGUUUUAGGAAAGUGUUAAAGCAUGUAUAUUUAUGAUUAGUUCUUGUUGCAUUUAUGAAAAUCACAGUGACGACCUUUUAUUAGAUAAGUUAAUCAAUUUAA